CCUAUUCAACUUUUACAAAAUACAUUGGAUAGUGGGAAUAUUUUCAGUUUACGACAUGCACCGAAUGAAACACCAACUGAACGCUUGUAUCGACACGAGCGAGAAGCUUUGAACCAGUGGAAUAGCUCGUUUUGGACUGAACAUAAUGUGCUCUAUGAGAAGCGUAAAGCCGAUUUCAUUGCUAAGAAGAAGAAUGAAAUCGGACAAUUGGAACAUAUCAAUGCUAAUGAUCUAUCGCAAUUCUAUAGGGAGUUUUUGAAUGAACGGAAAGUCGCACUGCGCACCUACAAUAAGAUAUGGUAUAAACGAAAUUUGGCACUCAUAUGGCCUGCCCUCAAAGUGAAUUUGAUUCGAUUCGCACGUUUGAUUCGACGACGAUGA